CCACACACUUUAUUUUCUUUUCAUACUUUCACACAUCCAUUUUCCAUACCUUCAAAAUUAACCAUCACCAACCCAAUAUUUCAAGUUUUGUCAUGAUGAAGAGAGAAAGAGAGGUUGAUAGCAUGAACAUGGCAAAUUGUUUGAUGCUGCUUUCUCGUGGAGGUGAAUUUGAGGCCAUGUAUUCAAGCUCUUGUAAUAAUAACAACAACCGUGUGUUUGAGUGCAAGACAUGUAACAGGCAAUUCCCUUCAUUUCAGGCACUUGGUGGCCACAGGGCUAGCCACAAGAAGCCAAGGUUGAUGGCUGGAGAUGGAGACAUGAAUGGACAAUUGCUUAAUGGUUCACCCCCAAAGCCUAAAACACAUGAGUGUUCCAUUUGUGGGUUGGAAUUUGCAAUAGGACAAGCCUUAGGUGGCCACAUGAGGAGGCACAGAGCUGCUGCAAAUUCCAAUGGAAACAUGAGGAAUUCUAUGACUAUGAGUAGUAGUAGUGGUAGUGGCAGUGGUGGUAGCACUCUUGAUUCAUCACCAAACAGGCUUGAUUUUAAAGCUGGUAACAAGAGAGUUUUGGUUCUUGAUUUGAAUUUGACACCCUUGGAGAAUGAUUUGGAGUUUUUGAAGAUUGGAAAGCCAACUGCUUUGGUUGAUUAUUUGUAUUGAGCUCUUUUGAGUACUGCUAAAUUAAACUUUUGGGGGUGUAACAUAGGUAGAUGUGUUUUUUUAAUCUGUUGUCUCCAUUUUAAAUAUUUUUUUUUUCUUUUCACUUUUUGUUUAUCAUACUGUAUGAAAAAUUGUUCAUUUCU